UGUUUCGAAGCGCGGAUGCGGCGGUGCCGAGCGACCAUGGAGGCCGUGCCGUGCGCGGAGCAUGGGUCCCUCUGCUUCCUGAAGACGGGCGUCCGCGAUGGCCCCAACAAGGGGAAGAGCUUCUACGUGUGCGGGACGCGGGGCCCCGCGGAGUGCGGCUAUGUCCUGCCGGCGCCUGUCCCUGCUUCUCAUUGCUUGAUCCAUGAGGGAUGCAUGGUGGAGCUGCAGGUCCUGGUCCAGCGGCAGGGCAGAGAUGAAUACGAGUUGUUUUACCGAUGCCUUAAGAGUAAGCUGAAUGGGAAGAAAUGGUGUGGAAGCGUCCCAUGGCAGGAUCCAAAAGCUACCAAAGUGUCAAAAGCUUUAGAAUCCCAGCCCAACACAGGAGCCCUCUCCAAUCCCACCAGCCACAGAAAUCCAUUCAAAGUGCUGGACAAGAAUUGUGCACCAUCAGUCUGGAAACAAAUGAACCAAGGAAACAGGGAGGAAAGUAAAGCAAAAGGAGUAAAAGCAGAGAAGGAGAGUGUGCUGGUGUCACAUAAAGAAAAGAAAUCAACUUCUGAUUCCUCCAUAGAGGUACAACCUCUAGAAGUGCUGAAAACUAAAACGAAACCGUCCACAGGGAGUACAAGUGAUCCUGAACUUCAGGAAACUACAAUGUCUGAAUCUAAACUUGGCCUUUCUGAGACCAGGAAAGGGAAAAAUAGUCUUUGGGAGGAAGAGAAAUAUGGUGGCAGUGGCAGGGAACCCAAGAAGUCUUCUGAAUGUGCGGACAAAGAGCCAGGCGCAAGAUCAAAACUCUUUCCACGAAGUCUUGAAAAGCAAAAUACAAGUACCAAGACACCAGAGGAGGAGCAACUUGAAGAAAAAAGCUUAAAAAUCUAUAGGGAUAAAGAAAUAAGAGAGAAAGGUUGCACUGGUCAGAAAAAUGGAGAAAUUAAACCGAUGGCUAAAGAAGAUGCUAUUUCUCCAGCAGUGCCACCAUCCCAGUGUGCUGCCCUGGCAGGAGGAGCGGAGGCAGCGCUGCCCAAGGCACAAAUCAGGCCAGGGCUGCCACAGCCUGCUCGUGAAGCCUCUGGCAGUGACAGUGAUGAAGUACUAUUUGUUUACUCCUCAUCAGGUAAAAGUAAACCUGAGAAAACAGUGGAGAUUCCUUCAGGAAAGACUGUGCUGGGGACAUCUUUGCCAGGAGCAGCAGCAUCACAUCACAUGGAAAGACCCCAAGACCGUAAAGAACUUCAUAACCAUCUUGUAGUCCAGCUGAAGCAGAAAAAGAGUACAUUGGCUAGAGUGAACAUUCAGCUGCUGCCAGAUAAAGGAGAAAGGUUAUUAAAGCAAGUGCAGGAUUUGGAAGCUGCACUCAGUGCUCUUAACAUUUCAACAGCAGAUACUAAUGAAAAAGGGCAGGAUAGCACAAGCGGCAGCUGCCGUGAAGAAUCUUUGCCUAACCCGUGUGACAGGCCAGGUGGUACAAAGUUGAUAACACCACUCCCGCUCCAGGAUCCUACAGCAAAGGCCUCUUCAGGCUCACACAGUCACCCCUCUGCUGCUGUUACUUUGGGUUCCAGUGAAUAUUGUGGCCAAAGUUUUGGAAUGAGCUUCGGUAUGCAGAAUCUAUAUGGGGGAAGAAUGACAGAAGACCGAAUCAGGGCUGUACACAGUGCCAUAUGUGAGGCUAUUAAUCAGCUUCACAAAUCUCUAGAAUCCUGUCCAACAGAGCAGACAGUAGCUGAAGAUCCCUCUGGAUUGAAGAUUCCACUGCUGCUGCACCAAAAACAGGCACUCGCCUGGCUACUCUGGAGAGAGAGUCAGAGGCCGCGUGGAGGAAUUCUGGCGGAUGACAUGGGCUUGGGGAAGACUCUAACGAUGAUUGCUCUCAUUCUGGCCCAGAAACAGCUGAAGUCAGAGAAAAGAAAGGAGACUUUAGACAUAUGGCUAUCAAAAAAUGAUUCCACUGUUAUCCCUUCCCAUGGCACUUUAAUCAUAUGUCCUGCAUCCUUGAUCCAUCACUGGAAGAAAGAGAUUGACAAACGUGUGGCCUUUGGCAAACUGAGAGUCUAUUUGUACCAUGGGCCAAACAGAGAUAAACAUGCAGAGGUGCUUUCUGGAUAUGAUGUUGUUGUCACAACCUACAGCCUUCUCUCCAAGGAGGUCCCCACAAGCAAGGAGGAGGGAGAAGUCCCUGCUGAGGACCAUGAUGUGGGGAGUGGGUCAUCUCCCUGUUCCCCCUUGCUCAGGGUAGCUUGGGCUCGACUUAUACUGGAUGAAGCUCACAAUAUUAAAAACCCAAGGGCUCAAACCUCCAUAGCUGUGUGCAAGCUGAGAGCCAGUGCCAGGUGGGCCGUCACCGGGACGCCGAUACAGAACAACUUGCUGGACAUGUACUCCCUCCUGAGGUUUCUACGUUGCUCUCCUUUUGAUGAAUACAAAGUGUGGAAGUACCAGGUAGACAACAACACAAAGAAGGGAGCAGAGAGGCUAAGCCUCUUAACUAGGAGCCUCUUACUGCAGAGAACUAAGAACCAGCUGGAUUCAACUGGCAAGCCCUUGGUGUCUCUGCCCCAGCGUAGCACACAGUUGCAUCAGUUAAAACUUUCAGCAGAGGAGCAGUCUGUGUACAAUGUGCUCUUUGCAAGAUCCAGGUCAACACUGCAAUCCUACCUAAAGAGACAAGAGCAGAAAAAUGAAGACAGAGAGUAUGCUGGUGGUAACCCAUUUGAGAAAGUUGCACAAGAGUUUGGAGUCAGUCAAAAGGAAUUUUUAGCAGGCUCACAAAGUGCUUCCCAGGUCUCAAGCACUGUCCAUGUCUUAUCCAUGCUCUUGAGGCUCCGUCAGUGCUGCUGCCAUCUCUCCUUACUGAAACUGGCUCUGGAUCAAGUUAACUUGAAUAGUGAAGGUCUUUCCCUCUCCAUUGAGGAACAACUUGGUGCUUUGACACUGUCUGAGCUCCAGACUCCUGAUUCCCAAUCAACAGUCUACCUCAAUGGCACAGCUUUUAAAACAGAUAUCUUUGAAAUCACCAGGGAGAGCUCAAAGAUAGCUUACCUCUUGGCUGAACUGAAAACUAUUCAGAGUCACUCAGAGCCUCAAAAAAGUGUUGUUGUCUCACAGUGGACGAGUAUGCUGAAAGUUGUGGCUGUGCACCUCCAGCGACUGGGGCUGAAGUAUGCAACAGUGGAUGGCUCUGUCAAUCCUAAACAGAGAAUGGAUGUGGUAGAAGAGUUCAAUUGCAAUCCUAAAGGGCCUCAGGUAAUGUUGGUCUCAUUGCUGGCUGGAGGCGUUGGCCUGAACUUGACUGGAGGAAACCAUCUCUUUCUCCUUGACAUGCACUGGAAUCCUGCUCUGGAGGACCAGGCAUGUGACCGCAUAUACCGAGUGGGGCAGCAGAAGGACGUUGUGAUACACAGGUUUGUCUGUGAAGGAACAGUAGAAGAAAAGAUCCUGCAACUCCAGACGAGGAAGAAAGGUCUCGCCCAGCAGGUUCUGUCAGGCAAAGGAGAGGCCCUCACUAAGCUGACUCUGGCUGACCUCAAAGUUCUCUUUGGCAUCUAAUUAUCUUUUUCAACACCCAACAGAAAGUAAUUUAUACUUACAAGUAACGGUGCAGACUUCAACAAAAGAUUUCUGGUUUGAGGUGGUCAUUUACUUUAAACAAAUAACUACAUUUUUUAACUGUUCUGGGAAGUUAUCAACUUCAAGAAUUUGUUUCAAAACUAAAAUUAGAUGGUGUAUCCAAAGGUAAAUAAAAUUAUAAGUUAAGAUGUU